AUGUCUAGCCUUGUUUUACCUCAAUUAUUUGUUUAUCCUCUUACCAGUUCAAAUAUUGUUCCAAUGAAAAAAAAUACAUCAAUCCCUUAUAUUCCUCCUGAAAUUAUUCGUAUCAUUCUUAAUUUAUUAAGUGAUGAUAAGAAAACUUUAGCAGCUUGUGCUUUAGUUAAUCGUACUUUUAACCUUCACGCUACUCCAAUUUUAUAUCAUAGCGUCGCAUUUACUUUUCCUCAUACGUUUACACAAUUCGUCAAUGUUAUGAAUAAUAUUAAAAAACGUUACUCUCAAAUGAUUCAUCACUUAGAUCUUUCCACUUUUCGCAACACUACGUUAACUUUCUUAAUAAAUAAAUAA